AUGGAGAACUCGACAUCGUGCGGUGAGGCUAGCCUGGAGGGACCGAUUGGAACCCCAGAAGGUGAGGAGAGUCCUAAAUCGGGUGGAACUUGCAUUGACCUCCUCUCGUCCCGGAGACUUCGUAAAAUGACUCUGAACCUCUUCCUUUGUUGGUUCGUCAAUGCCUUUGUUUACUACGGCCUCUCGUUGAGCGCACAAGACAUCGGAGGCGAGAUAUUCAUCAACUUCGCCAUCGCUGGUAGGAGUUUGAAAAUGUUCUCGUGGACGAGGAAAAAAUUCCUCGAAGUCGUUCGUCUGACGACGUCAAACAUUGUAGGUGCGGUGGAGAUUCCGGCCUACGCGCUGAGCAUCAUCGUGCUCUUAUAUACCGGGAGGCGAUUCCCCCUCAGUGCCGCCAUGAUUAUUGGUGGAUCGGCCUGUCUCCUUGCUCUGCUCGUUCCUAAAGGGGUGUAUUACUACGAUUGGCCGGUUGUGACGUUGGCGAUGGUGGGAAAAUUCGGAAUCUCGUCCUCCUUUGCCAUCGUGUACGUGUUCACGGCCGAGUUGAUGCCUACCCCCGUGAGGACCGUCGGCCUUGGUGCGUGUUCCACCUUCGCUAGGCUCGGCUCCAUCCUCGCACCCUACAUCCUUCUUUUGGGUGAGGCAAUGUCCCAUGUAUGGCUGCCGAUUUGCGUGUUCGGGAUUAGCUCCUUGAUCUCAGGGCUCCUCCUUCUCCUUCUACCCGAAACCGCGAAGCGACGACUCCCAGAAACCAUUCACGAGGCUAAGAACAUCUCCAAGUACCAAGUGGUGUCCGUGAGAUGCACUUGGAAAUCUGGCGACGUGGGAGACGUCAAGGCUGGAAUUUUCCAGGACAAGAUCGCUUUCCUUAUCUCUAAUGUGACUCGCAAAAGUGCGCCCUAG